AUAACGCUGUUUGACAGAAGGAUAACUCCGAAUGCUUAACUUCCUAUCGACUAGGGCACCUUGCCGUUACGAUCUUGAACAUCAACAUUUCAUUUUACAAACUGCCUUUGGUUAGUCUUUGUGAAGCCAGAUUACAUUUAGGACUUUUUCUUUUGUGUGAAAUGCUGCCUUACUGAAAUUUGUAUGAAAAUAUUAGGUUAGGGAGCAAUGGCGUUGAGAAGCAUCCAGAAUAAUUUCCAAGCAUUUCAAAAUUGGAGCAGAGAGCUGUUUAAAGUCAGUAGACUACAAAUUAAUGGGAAUUUAGGUAAGAGGUCGUCUGUGAGACAACACAGUUUUUCUAGCUUCUGGCAGGUGUAUUCAGAAGGGUACCAAGUCGUGCCUAAAUUCUGUAGUACAUACCAUUUGGUCAUGCCUAGUAAGGUGAAAAUAAGAGCAAACCAGUGCUCUUACAUGGUGCAGCUGGUGCGUGGCAUGGCAGGGCACAGCAAGUGGCAGAACAUCAAGAACAUCAAGGCUGCUGAAGAUGCCAAGAAAGCCAGGACCAUCCAAGACUUUACAAGAAGGGCAAGGGCAAUCAUAAGAGAGAAAGGUUCAGCUGACCCAAAGAAUAAUCCUCUACUUGCUCGCCUUCUUGUGGAGGCCAAGUCAAAAUGCAUUCCAAAUGCAAAUAUUGAAAGAGUGCUGAGUCAGAUGGGUAAGAUGAAAGAUGUGCCUCCAACCGUGUUUGAAGCCAAGGGUCCAGGGGGGAGUAUCAUGCUAAUUGAAGCAAUGACCGUAAACCAGAGCCAGACACGCCAAGAGCUGCAGAGUUAUGUCAAAAAGUGCGGGUUUUCACUUUAUGAAAAUAGCUUUUUGGCAAGAAUGACUUUUGAACAGAAAGGGUUGGUGAUGGUGGAUAUCCCAGACCAAGGGGAGACUACUCCAAACAUGGAGGAGUACAUUGAACUUGCAAUCGAAGUUGGUGCUGAGGAAGUCACUUUGGAAGCAGAUGAGGAGGGAAAAAAAUUUCUUCAGUUUCUCAGUGCUCCAGAGCAUGUGUACUCAGUAAAGAAGGAACUGGAGGCAAAGAACCUACCAGUAAGGUCUGCAGAAGUCACGUUUCUUUCAUUAAAUGAUGUUUCUUUGGGCAGCAAAGACAUUGAGCUGAUAGCGAAGGUUUUGGAUAAGUUAGACGAUCACCCAGAUGUCCUAAAAGUGUACACUAAUGUUGUAGAGGCAUCAUGAUGGCAGUUAUUGACACUUCUGGGAAUAGUCUCAUAAUGUUGCUGAACGUUUUCAUAUGAAAGUAAAUUUGGAAGAAAGACCA